AUGGCAUUAAAGAAAGCUGGUGUCUUAGGGGCCACUGGAUCAGUGGGUCAACGUUUCAUAUUAUUAUUAUCCAAUCAUCCUGAUUUUGAAAUCCAUGCUUUGGGUGCAUCAUCACGUUCAGCAGGUAAGAAAUAUAUAGAUGCUGUUUCAUGGAAACAAACUGAAUUAUUACCUGAAUCAGCCAAACAACUCGAAGUGGUUGAAUGUAAAGCAACUGGUCCAUUCGCAGAAUGUGAUGUUGUGUUUUCAGGUUUAGAUUCUGAUUAUGCUGGAACUAUUGAAAAAGAAUUUGUCGAAGCAGGAUUAGCUGUUGUUUCCAAUGCUAAAAAUUAUAGAAGAGAAUUAGAUGUUCCAUUAAUUGUUCCUAUUGUUAAUCCUGAACAUUUAUCCGUCAUUGCAAAGAAAUUAUCUGAUGCUAAAGCUGAAGGUAAACCAAAGCCAGGUUAUCAAAUUUGUAUUUCAAAUUGUUCAACUGCUGGGUUAGUAGCUCCAUUAAAACCUUUAGUUGAAGCCUUUGGUCCUAUUGAUGCUUUAACUGCUACUACUUUACAAGCUAUUUCUGGUGCAGGUUUUUCUCCUGGUGUUCCAUCCAUUGAUAUCUUAGAUAAUAUCAUUCCAUAUAUUGGAGGUGAAGAAGAUAAAUUAGAAUGGGAAACUAAAAAAAUCUUAGGUACUGUGAAUAAAGCUGGUACUCAAUUUGUUAAUAUUCCUGAUGAAGAAAUGAAAGUAAGUGCUCAAUGUAAUAGAGUGGCUGUAAGUGAUGGUCAUACUGAAUGUAUUUCAUUAAGAUUUGCUAAAAGACCAGCUCCAUCAGUUGAACAAGUCAAACAAGUAUUACGUGAUUAUGUUUGUGAUGCCUUUAAAGCAGGAUGUCAUUCAGCUCCAAAACAAACCAUACAUGUCUUGGAAGAACAAGAUAGACCUCAACCUAGAUUAGAUAGAAAUAGAGAUAAUGGGUAUGGUGUUUCUGUAGGUAGAAUUAGAGAAGAUCCAGUAUUAGAUUUUAAAAUGGUGGUUUUAUCUCAUAAUACCAUUAUUGGUGCUGCUGGUUCAGGUAUAUUGAUUGCUGAAUUACUUUUAGCUCAAAAACUUAUUUAA